AUGGCCGGUUGCAGCACCUGCGCCGCCGCCGCCGCGCGACUCGUCAGCUCCUCGCUGCCGUCCGCCUGCCGAGGACAGAUCUAUGCAUAUCUUCCCAGAAGAAUUUCAUGUGGCCGUUCCUGCUUCCCUGCUUUAGGAAUAAUUGGGACUUGUGAAACUCCGUCUCUAAGAACUAUUCCUUUUAGAACUUUUGCUGAAACACCAGCAUACUUUGCUUCUAAAGAUGGUGCAAGUAAAGAUGGUUCGGGAGACGGCAGUAAGAAAACUGCUGGGGAAGGCGGUGGUAAAAAGUCAAGUUCCGGAAGCUCUGGCAAAGGUGGAAGCCAGCUGCGAUGCCCAAAGUGCGGUGAUUUAUGCACACACGUGGAGACUUUUGUCUCUUCCACCCGCUUUGUGAAAUGUGAAAAAUGCCACCACUUCUUCGUUGUGUUGUCAGAAGCCGACUCCAAGAAAAGCAUCCUUAAAGAACCAGAGACAGCGGCAGAAGCGGUCAAAUUGGCCUUCCAACAGAAGCCGCCCCCUCCGCCCAAGAAGAUUUACAACUACCUCGACAAAUACGUUGUUGGUCAGUGUUUCGCAAAGAAGGUGCUUUCAGUUGCUGUGUACAAUCACUACAAGAGAAUCUACAACAACAUCCCGGCCAAUCUGAGGCAACAAGUUGAAGUUGAAAAACAAGCCUCUCUAACUCCAAGAGAAUUAGAGAUAAGAAGACGGGAGGAUGAGUACAGAUUUACAAAACUUCUCCAGAUUGCUGGCAUUAGUCCGCACGGCAAUGCUUUAGGGGCAUCCAUGCAGCAGCAGGUGAAUCAACAGAUGCCUCCGGAAAAACGUGGAGGUGAAGUGUUAGAUUCUGCCCACGAUGACAUCAAGCUCGAAAAAAGCAAUAUUUUGCUGCUUGGACCAACCGGCUCAGGUAAAACUCUGCUAGCCCAGACUUUGGCUAAAUGCCUGGAUGUCCCUUUUGCAAUCUGUGAUUGUACCACUUUGACUCAAGCUGGUUACGUCGGAGAGGAUAUUGAAUCUGUCAUUGCAAAACUGCUGCAGGACGCAAAUUACAACGUCGAAAAGGCUCAACAAGGUAUUGUUUUCCUGGAUGAAGUGGAUAAGAUUGGCAGCGUUCCCGGCAUUCAUCAGUUACGGGAUGUGGGAGGAGAAGGGGUUCAGCAGGGGUUGUUAAAAUUACUGGAAGGUACCAUUGUGAAUGUUCCAGAGAAGAAUUCCCGCAAGUUACGUGGUGAAACAGUGCAGGUUGAUACAACCAACAUCCUCUUCGUAGCUUCUGGUGCAUUUAAUGGUCUGGAUCGAAUCAUCAGCCGGAGGAAAAAUGAAAAAUAUCUCGGCUUUGGCGCCACGUCAAAUCUGGGGAAAGGCAGAAGAGCCGCGGCAGCCGCCGACUUGGCUAACCAGGGCAGUGAGUCCAGUUCUGAGCAAGAGAUGGAAGAGAAAGACCGCCUGCUUCGGCACGUGGAAGCCCGAGAUCUGAUCGAAUUCGGCAUGAUCCCUGAAUUUGUGGGGCGCUUGCCAGUGGUCGUCCCCCUGCACAGCCUGGAUGAAAAAACGCUUGUGCGGAUCCUUACGGAGCCCCGGAAUGCGGUCAUUCCCCAGUACCAGGCCUUAUUCAGCAUGGACAAGUGUGAAUUAACUGUCACAGAGGAUGCUUUAAAGGCAAUAGCCAGGUUGGCUCUGGACCGCAAGACUGGAGCUAGAGGACUUCGGUCUAUAAUGGAAAAGUUACUGCUGGAACCAAUGUUUGAAGUGCCCAACUCUGACAUAGUAUGUGUGGAGGUGGACAAAGAUGUUGUGGAAGGGAAGAAAGAACCAGGAUACAUCAGGACUCCAACUAAAGAUUCCUCAGAGGAAGAAUACGACUCGGGAGUAGAAGAAGAAAGUUGGGCCCGCCAAGCAGAUGCCGCAAACCAUUAAACAGUCAGAAAUGUUCUUCAGCAAAAGCACUCAGUGUGUCUGUCUUUGUUUGAGACCAUGCGUGGCUCUGCAACCUGUUGCUAACAUCCUCCUGACUGUAGGACACCCGGUUGAAAACUUUGGCUUCUCUAGUGGGGGGAAAUCAGAUCAUGAGUUUCUGUAACAUCACGCUGGUCUGUUCAGUGGAACACUUGGACUAAAAAUGAUGUAACGUUGAGAAAGUGAAUUGUAUAUUAAGUUUUGUUCAAUUAAAACAACACACAAAAA